CGAGCACACAGACAUAGAGGCACGGAAAGCAGAGCGCGAGGAAGAGAGAGACAGAGAGAAAAACCCAAACCCUAACAAUCAUUUCCAGGCCCCCGCCCCCCGGCGUCUCCAGAACGUUCCAGAACCUUCAAGGAACCAUCCACAGGAGCAGGCGCGAGCGCGGGUGUUUGGAUCGUGGGAGGCAACGCUGGCGGCUCGCAGCGGCAGCAGGUGAUGGCGGAUUCGCCUAGCGGUGGAGGAUCUAGGGCUUGUGUCUGCUGGGUGAGACAGGUCGAGGAGGCAGCGUCGGGGCUGGUGCUCGGGAGAAACGAACAGGGGAGGAGGGAGGGAGGAUGCUGAGCGUGGUCCGGGUGCACCUUCCGUCCGAGAUCCCGAUCGUGGGCUGCGAGGUCACGCCCUACGUGCUACUGCGGCGGCCCGACGGUGCAGUCUCCACCGACGAUGUCCCUGAAACUGCGCCCGCUGAUGGCCAGUUCAUGCGGUACAGAUGGUACCGCAUACAGAGCGAUCGGAAAGUCCCUAUCUGCAGUGUGCAUCCAAUGGAACAAGCGACGAUUCAGUGCCUCGGUUGUCUCAAGUCAAAAAUACCUGUUGCUAAGAGCUACCACUGUUCAGCUAAAUGUUUCUCUGAUGCAUGGCAGCACCACAAAGUUUUGCAUGAACGAGCCAGUAGUGCUCAAAAUGAAAAUGGGGCUGAAGAAGAGGAGUUAUGUGGCAGUGGUGGUUCUGGGGUUCUAAGUACUGCUGGAUCUGGUUCUUUGUCAAAUUUUGGACAGAGCCCUAGUAUUAACAAUGAACCUGUGCCUUUGUAUCCCUCAGGUACUGAUAAAAAUUCUGGAGAAACUUGGUAUGAAGUUGGGCGCUUGCGAACGUAUACACCAACUGCUGCUGAUAUUGGGCAUGCACUAAAAUUUGAGUGUGUAGCUGUGGAUUCAGAAAAAAGGUCUCCAAUUGGACCUCCGACCUCAGUUAUGACGUCACACGUAAUCCCCGCACCAACUCCGACCCCUCGUCGCCUUAUCCAAGUGAAUGGGGAUGUUUUGGGUCACUUGGAUUUAGACAGCCAAACUUCAUCCUUGGGGACAUUCACUGUAUUAUCUUACAAUAUUCUUGCUGAUACAUAUGCUACAAGUGAUGCAUAUAGCUACUGCCCAACAUGGGCACUUACCUGGACUUAUAGAAGACAAAAUUUGUUGCGUGAAAUUAUUGGUUAUCAUGCUGAUAUCAUCUGUCUUCAGGAGGUACAAGUAAACCACUUUGAAGAUUUUUUUUCACCUGAGCUUGACAGACAUGGAUAUCAGGCGCUUUACAAGAAAAGGACAACAGAGGUGUAUUCUGGAAAUCCUAUGGCCAUAGAUGGCUGUGCUACUUUUUUCCGCAGAGACAAGUUUUCGCAUGUUAAAAAAUACGAGGUUGAGUUCAAUAAGGCUGCACAGUCCUUAACAGAUGCGAUUAUUCCUUCUGCUCAGAAAAGACUGGCUUUAAAUCGUUUGAUUAAAGACAACAUUGCACUAAUUGCGGUUUUAGAAGCCAAAUUUGCUAAUCAUGGAGCUGAAAAUCCUGGUAAAAGACAGCUACUUUGUGUGGCAAAUACACAUAUAAAUGUUCAUCAAGACCUAAAAGAUGUGAAGCUAUGGGAGGUUCAUACCCUCUUAAAAGGAUUGGAGAAGAUAGCUGUCAGCGCAGACAUUCCUAUGUUGGUCUGUGGAGAUUUCAACUCGCCCCCUGGGAGUUCUCCACAUGCGCUUCUUGCAAUGGGCAAAGUUGAUCAGCAUCAUCCAGAUCUGGCAAUAGACCCCCUUGGAAUUUUACGCCCUCCAAGCAAGUUGAAUCAUCAGCUUCCUCUGGUCAGUGCAUACUCUGCAUUUGCAAGAAUGGUAGGUGUUGGCUAUGAUUUGGAGCAUCAGCGGAGAAGGACAGACCCUGCAACAAAUGAACCACUCUUCACAAAUUGCACAAGAGAUUUUACUGGAACUGUUGAUUACAUAUUUUACACAGCGGACUCCUUGACAGUGGAUUCAUUAUUGGAACUUUUGGAUGAGGAAAGUUUAAGAAAAGACACAGCUCUUCCAUCUCCUGGAUGGUCAUCAGAUCACAUAGCACUGUUAGCCGAGUUCCGGUGCAAGCCUAGAAUCAGAAGUUGACACAUUAGGUCUUGUAGAAAAAGGUUAUUGUCAUCAUCCUUGGUGGUGGAACAGCGUUCCAUGUGGGUAUGACGGGACGCGGGCUCUCGGGGAAGCAAGCAGCCUAGGUAGCAGCCUCAGCAAGGGGAAGGGGCAUGUAACAUUUGAUUUUACCCUUUUACAUUUUAGCUCAUGAUACUCAAGCUGCCCAUGUGUACCAUUACUUCCUAUAGAAGAAAAUACUUGAGAGAAAUUUUGAAGGCUAGUUUGGAAACUCUAUUUUUUCCAAGGUAUUUCUAUUUUUCAAGGGGAAAUGAAAUAUUUUUUCGUGGAAAAAUAGAAAUCUCUAGAAAAAAUGAGGUUCCUAAACUAGCCCUUAAAGGGC